UGUAUUGAUGAUGCAUUUUCUCGUUUUCUGUCAUUAUUUCUACUUUUUCGUAUGUUUGCGUCUCACUUAUCCUUAACUCAAGGGUAGACUAUGCCCACAGGGGAAAAGGUCUUCGGGUACAGUCUUUCCACAAACAGCUCUCGAGCUCUUAUUGGUCGCGAGAGGAGUUCUGGGAGGAGCGACCAACGGAGCCAAAAGGCAGAAUUGGUAAUUCGGUGAAAAAGUCCCUGUGAAGUGACGGAUGCGGGAAGUUCACAGGUUUUCCCUUUUCACUAACUUCUCCACGCAAGACAUUUGCUCCUCACUCGCCUGCAAAGCGAAGACCUGAAAUCCGUUUGAAAAGACUCUUUGGAUGAACGUUUUGAGACAAGAUACUGAAGCAAAGGGUGGAAGUGACGAACUUUGGAAUGCUUUGAUUUUUUCUCUUCUCGAAUUGAAUUUAAGCGUCUGCCUAGUCUUCACUUUACUUUUUUUCUGAACUGGAGAGAGGGGUACGAUGCAGGCGCGCUACCCCGUGUCUAGCCAAAGCCCUCUAGGCAUAGUGCCUUAUAUCAACGGAGACCAAGGUUUUUACCGGACCGCGACCGGUGGUGGAUAUACCGGUAUGCCUGCUCCGAUGAGCAUGUACUCUCACGCCACGCACGAGCAGUACCCAGGCGGCAUGGCUCGCGCAUAUGGGCCGUAUGCCCCUGCACAGCAACCCAAGGACAUGGUGAAACCUCCGUAUAGCUACAUCGCGCUCAUCACCAUGGCCAUCCAGAACUCAUCCGACAAGAAGAUCACACUGAAUGGGAUCUACCAGUUCAUCAUGGAGCGCUUUCCAUUUUACCGGGACAAUAAGCAAGGCUGGCAGAACAGCAUAAGGCACAAUCUGUCACUUAACGAGUGCUUUGUGAAGGUGCCAAGAGAUGAUAAGAAGCCAGGUAAGGGCAGCUACUGGACUCUAGACCCGGACUCUUAUAACAUGUUUGAAAACGGCAGCUUCUUGCGACGGAGGCGCCGCUUCAAGAAGAAGGACGUGCUGAGGGAGAAGGAGGACCGGGAUCGCCCGGGCAAGGACAAUCCGGGACAGGCGUGCGAGCAAGACGCCCAGCAGCCAGUGAAGCUCCGGGAUAUAAAGACGGAGAACGGGGCCUGCACGCCCCCGCAUGACAGCACUCCACCCCUCAGCACCGUGCCUAAAACGGAGAGCCCAGACAGGAGCGGUGGGAGUGCGUGUAGCGGGAGUCCGCAGUCGCAGACGCCGCAGCAGGCCUUCAGCAUGGAUACAAUCAUGACAGGACUUCGAGGGUCCCCGCAGCACGCGGCAGAGCUGCCUGCCUCUCGCGCUGCUCUGCCAGGCUCGGUCUCUCUGACCUACUCGCCAUCCCCUCAGCCCGCCCAUUACAGUCCUCCAUGCGGCCAGCCGGCCACCUAUCACUGCAACAUGCAAGCGACGAGCCUGUACACGGGGGACCGCGGCCACGGGGACGACACUUUACCGGAAUACACAAACACAACAAACGCCUCCUCUAUCUCGCACCCCCACCAAAGCUCGAGCCAGGAGAGCCAGCACUUGCAGCAGAACCGACUCGCACCCUGGUACCUCAAUCAGUCCGGAGAGCUGGGACACCUGAGCGCGAGCUAUCCCGGCCAGCAGCAGAACUUUCACGCGGUGCGCGAGAUGUUCGAGACACAGCGGAUUGCUCUGAACAGCUCUCCGGUGACCGGAAGCAAUAGCUGUCAAAUGGCUUUCCCGUCCAGUCAGCCACUCUACCGGGCUUCCGGAGCCUUUGUAUACGACUGCAGCAAGUUCUGACCCAAAGCUUUAUGAUUUUCUAAAUUGUUUAAUAUAUAUAUAUAUAUUCGUAUUAUUUUCCAUGUGUUUGUAAUUUAAGGUCAGUCCGUGAACUCGGGCUGAUAUGCGAUUUGUGUUGGUAAGUAGGAUAAUUCCGCUGCACAUAAACAUUCUCUCCCUGCUCGUCCAUCAAGGUGUAGAUGAAAAGAAAAGGUGUUAAUUUAUUUCACGUAGGAGCAGAUGGACCAACUUUGCAAAGAAAUGUCUUAAGUAUUUAUAAUCAAUUCAGUAUAGAAAGGUAACGAGUGUACAACUGAGUUACAGUUUUUCUUAUACUUUUUGAAAAUAUCUAAAGUUACUAUUUGUUUAAUAAAUUGUCGCUUUGUUGAA